GCCCAUCGCGGCAAAACCACACUCAGAUCUUGGUUGGUGAGAGCACGCGAACGUGAAGGCUAUUUUUGUGCGUCUUCGAUUGUGUAUAUUGUUCGCGGGUUUUGUGCGAGAGACUUCGACGAGGGUUGUCUUGUUUUUUCUUUCUUUCUUCUCUUGUGUGACGACGGGGUUUGCUAACGUGCCGGGAAGCUAAACGUGCAUCGAUUUGCCGGUUACGGACCAGUCUGAGUUAAGCAGUGCACGGGACAGGAACACGCAGCGCAAGCAGUCGGAAAGCAGUUAAGCAAAUUUUUGAACGCAGCGAAUCUUUACAACAGUUGAAGCACACACCAUGGCCCUAGCCGAGAACACCACCAAGACGGAAAUGACGCUGACGGAAACCUCGACGCCCGUCAUCUCGAAGGAGGUGAUCACCGAACGGACCGCGGACGGUGUCUCGGAGAAGAACAUCACCCAGUCGAAGAGCUACGGUUCGGCGAGCGAAAAAUCAAUGGUCGAAGAGUCGGCCAACUCCAUCACCAAGAAGCACGAAAAGUCAGAAUCGGCAUUCGCGUCCGAGCGUAGCGUCACGGAGUCGGUAUCGGACGGUGGUGCCCUUGCCUCCUCGCUGCUGUCCUCCUCCUCGCUGGUCAGUUCCGUCACGAGCAGUAAGGUGGUGUCGUCCUCGUUCAGCUCGUCCACCUCCUCGUCGGUCUCGUCCUCGAUCAAAUCCUCGUCGUUCGAUUCCAGCUCCGCGAUCGACGAGUUCUUUAAGAACUGAAAGGCCUGAAUGAACGAUCGUUCGCUUUGUGAUCACCAUUAUGAUACUAUUAUGAGUUAAUGUGUAAACUAUCAGUUUCAAAUUUCAAAAGCCAUUGAAGUGUCUUUUUUUUGGUUUAUCGUCACAAGACAAAAAAUUGUACAUCACUCUCUCUCUCUGAUAGUCUAGUACAAUAUUUGCUGUAUUCGACCUGCAAAACAAACAACUCUCAUCUAUCUUCGGUUUCUGUUUGAAAGCAUCAACAAAACAUAACUUUAUCGUGCGCAUCAGCAACAAUGUGUUCGAAAUAAAAUAAGAAUAAAUAAACGAUCUUCAAACACAAAAAACGAAACACGA